AUGACGGAGAUCCACAAACCUGGCAACCCUGGUCGACCCAUCCUCUCAGGAAAUGGUUCCCCAACAGAGAACAUCUCCCUUUUUGUUGAUUAUCACAUUAAACCCCUUGUCUCACGUGCACCCUCUUACAUCCACGACACUCCAGAAUUUCUCAGGAAACUCAAUGACAUCAAGGACCAGAUACCCGAGACUGUGAUCAUCGUCACUUUAGACGUUUCUUCACUGUAUACCAAUAUUCCCCACGAUGAAGGUAUCCAAGCAUCAUGUGAAGCCUUGACUGCCAGUGGCCAUUCAAGUCCCCCCAUAUCCGAUAUCAAAUCUCUGAUGUCUCAUGUACUCACAAAAAACAACUUCACUUUCAUGGAUCAGCACUACCUACAGAUAUUCGGCACAGCAAUGGGCACCCGGAUGGCUCCUUCAUUCGCCUGUCUCUUCAUGACCAAGCUGGAACAGCAGAUGUUAGAUUCCGCCCCCUGUCGCCCAUGGAUUUGGUGGCGUUACAUAGACGACAUUUUCUUCAUCUGGACCAGGGAGGAAGAUAGCCUCCACACAUUCAUUGACCACAUCAAUUCCUUCCACAGGACCAUCAAAUUCACUUCUGAUUUCUCCCAACAGGAAACCCACUUCCUUGAUGUCACAGUCCAGAAAAAGCCUAACGGUAUCACCACUACCCUGUACACUAAACCCACAGAUACCCACCAGUACCUCCACUCACCCAGCUGCCACCCCCGUCACUGCAAAACUGGCAUCGCUUACAGUCAAGCCCUCAGACUUCGCCGUAUUUGCUCCGAGGACCCUGAUUUUUCCUUCCAUACCAGGAAUUUGCAGAAACAUCUCUGUGCCAGGGGCCACGGGGCCAGGGCAGUCCAACUGGCAAUCAACAAAGUUCGUUCUCUCCCUAGAUCUGAAGUUCUCAAACCUAAAAGUGACAAGAAGACCACCGACAGAAUACCGCUUGUGACCACCUUCCAUCCCAAUCUACCCCCUCUCCGCAAUAUCCUGUGUGAUAACCACCACAUUUUACACACUUCUGAUCGUCUCCAACAGGCCUUUCCCGAUACUCCCCUUCUAGCAUACCGACGCCCACCGAAUCUCAGGGACCUCAUUGUUCGUGCUGAAUUGCCCUCCCUCACUAACCAUUGUUCUCCCAUACAGCAUAGCACCUUCAAAUGCACCAGCAACCGAGGGCGACACUCUCACCAGCAACUCUACCAGCCUUUCUCACCGAACCAAGGGCAACAUCACAUGCACUACCACUAA